AUGGAAUUCUUGGAGUGCAAGUUCAGUGACGCGAUUCAGGUAGUGGAUGAAGAUUUGAGGCUUGAUUCUCAAGUCAUCCCUAGGAGAGAAAGUUUUAAAUACCUUGGGUCAGUUAUUCAAGGGAAUGGGGAGAUCGAUGAGGAUGUUACACAUCGUAAGUUCUAUAGAGCAGUUAUUAGACCAGCUAUGUUGUAUGAGGCGGAGUGUUUGCCAGUCAAGAUCUCCUUUGUCUAUAAGAUGAAGGUAGUUGCAAUGAGGAUCUUGAGAUGGAUGUGGGGGCAUACCAGGUUAGAUAGAAUUAGAAAUGAAGUUAUUCGGGAUAAGGUUGGCGUGGCCCCUGUGGAGGACAAAAUGCGGGAGGCGAGACUUAAAUGGUUCGGGCAUGUGAUGAGGAGAGACACAGAUGCUCCGGUGAGGAGGUGCGAGAGGUUGGCCCUGGAGGGCUUGAGGAGAAGUAGAGGAAAGACGAAAAAGUAUUGGGGAGAGGUGAUUAGGCAGGAUAUGGCAGUGCUCCAGCUUACUGAGGACAAGAUCAUGGAUAGGAAGGUAUGGAAGUUGAGAAUAAAGGUAAAGGUUUACUGA